AUGGCUACGCUCUUCGGCAGUCUCCCGUCCGCUGCGGCGCGCAACCGAGGCCGCAGUACAGCGCUCGUGACGUCGACCCGAAGCGGAAGUGAUCGGGAGCUGAAGUGGGUCUAUGAUGAAGAGACCAGCAACUGUAUGCACUGCAACACGCCCUUUACAAUGAUCACGCGCAAGCACCACUGCCGACGCUGUGGAAACGUUGUGUGCCACAACUGCUCGCCACACAAGCGUCGCAUCUCAUCCACGGACCCGUUUCCAAUGAGAGUCUGCAAUACAUGCUAUGCUGCCGUGGAUGAGCAUUUUGCAUCGCUGGAUUGGUCGGGCCACUCGUCAGUAGAGAAUGGACAGAUUCAGAGCAAAGCGGACCCGGUGAUUGAAGGACGCGUGCACAUUGGACAGCUGUAUAUAAAGGUGGUGGAGGCGAUUGGACUGCCGUCGACAGACUCGAUCACGAGCGACCCGUUCGUACGCAUAGUGCUGACGGGCAAAUGGUCGCACGGACAGGAGUGGGGAAACGAUCUGAAGAGCAUCAAGUGCACGAAGAAGAAAUCGCGCACGCUCAAUCCGCGGUGGCAUGAAACGUUUGUGUUCAAUGUGUGCGCACCCGGAGCUGAACUCGUGCUUGAGGUGUACAACUAUGGCCAGCUGAGUCAGCCAACAAAACUAGGUGAGACUUCCAUCCCGCUUUUACAGAUUAUGGACCAGCGGCGACACAACAAGUGGCUGGAUCUGUUGCUGCCGGAAAAGCUUCACCGCGCAGGACUGAACAACGACGCGCGUGCAGGGCGCAUCCACGUCCUGCUGCACUACAAGUUCUCGCAAAUGGCCGAGCUCUGUAGCUACUUUUCGUCCGAGCAGGACUACGUCUAUGAGUGGCCGGAGUUCCAAGCUGCACAAUUAUACAGCAAUUUUUGGGUGCUACUCGACAACCUCUGGCCGUAUUUAGAGGUUGCAUGGCAAAUAAUGCCAACGCUCAACUGGGAACAUCCAACGCACUCUUUCAUGUGCUUCGCACUGUGUGUAUGGCUGUGCCUUUCGUUGCAGUGGCUACCGGUGGUCAUCCAUCUUGCUCUCAUUGUAUUCGUGCUCCGCAAUUAUUUCGAGUUGAACUUCCACUCGUUCAAUGGUAAAGACCAGCCCAGUGGCGCGGGCGGGAAUCUGGACAAUGAUAUGAGCAACGGUUCGUUCCGUCAAUACAAUCUUCCAUCGGGCUUCAACCAUCUGAUGAACAAGAUGACCAAUGUGACCAUUGACCAAGAGACUCAGCGGACGUUGCAGUCAGUGCAGAACAACAUGGCUUGGUGGUCAAGCAUUAUCAACAACCUCGAGCUCAUGUUCUCCUGGGAAGACACGUUUUACACGGCACGCAUACUGCUCUACCUUAUCGUGAGCUGUGUGCUGCACAUUUUGAUCCCGAACAAGUACCUGCUGCUAGUGUUCGUGGUGCAUCUCUUCACCCGGUGGACAGUGCCAGUCGUCUGGCUCACGCACGUGGUCGCCGCUAUCCGCCAGUCUGUCUGCUCCCUCAUGCACCAGUACCGACUUCAAAGCUCGAUGGCACAGGCUGAUCUGAACGCAAGACAACCAGUAAUCGGGCUGAGUGCCGGUCUUGGUCUACCUGAUACGUCACGAGCUAUGCGUCGUACAGUCUCUAGCGUUAGUGCUCGGGCACACGCACGCGUGUCAAAAAAAGAGGAAGCUUUUGGUGCGGCUGCGUCAGCCAUCUCCGAGAGGUUUGUUGUUUCGGGCGAGCCUUCCUUUCGUAAGAAACAGUGA